GCUCGCCCUCCGACUCCGCUCCCGCUGCGAGCGGCUGCCCUGCCCGCGCCCAGCGCCAACCCGCCGGGGUCCCCGCGCCGGACCCAGCAGCUCGGCUACCCGGGGCCGGACCGAGGCCGCAAGAAGCGCCGCGGGGUGUGGGGCGGACCCAGGAGAUGAAAUGACAACGUCAACCCUCCAGAAAGCCAUUGACCUGGUGACAAAAGCCACAGAAGAGGAUAAAGCCAAGAAUUACGAGGAGGCACUCCGGCUCUACCAGCAUGCCGUGGAGUAUUUCCUACACGCUAUCAAAUAUGAGGCACACAGUGACAAGGCCAAGGAGAGCAUUCGAGCCAAGUGCAUGCAGUACCUAGACCGAGCGGAGAAGCUGAAGGAUUAUUUACGAAACAAAGAGAAGCAUGGCAAGAAGCCAGUCAAAGAAAAUCAGAGUGAGAGCAAGGGCAGCGAUAGUGACAGUGAAGGGGAUAAUCCAGAGAAAAAGAAACUGCAGGAACAACUGAUGGGUGCUGUUGUGAUGGAGAAGCCCAACAUUCGGUGGAAUGAUGUGGCCGGGCUCGAGGGGGCCAAGGAGGCCCUCAAAGAAGCUGUCAUUUUGCCAAUUAAAUUCCCACAUUUGUUCACAGGCAAGCGUACGCCUUGGCGAGGGAUACUGCUCUUUGGACCCCCUGGCACAGGCAAAUCCUACCUGGCCAAAGCGGUGGCGACAGAGGCCAACAACUCCACCUUCUUCUCUGUGUCCUCCUCAGACUUGAUGUCUAAGUGGUUGGGGGAGAGUGAGAAGCUAGUCAAGAACCUGUUUGAGCUGGCCAGGCAGCACAAGCCUUCCAUCAUCUUCAUCGAUGAGGUGGAUUCCCUCUGCGGGUCCCGCAAUGAGAAUGAGAGCGAAGCUGCUCGAAGGAUCAAAACGGAGUUCUUGGUCCAGAUGCAGGGGGUGGGGAAUAACAACGAUGGGACCCUGGUUCUCGGUGCCACAAACAUCCCGUGGGUGUUGGAUUCAGCCAUUAGAAGGAGGUUUGAAAAGCGGAUUUACAUCCCGCUGCCCGAGGAGGCUGCCCGUGCCCAGAUGUUCCGGUUGCAUCUGGGGAGCACCCCCCACAACCUCACUGAUGCCAACAUCCACGAGCUGGCCCGGAAGACGGAAGGCUACUCAGGCGCUGACAUCAGCAUCAUUGUGCGGGACUCCCUCAUGCAGCCUGUUCGAAAAGUACAGUCGGCAACACACUUCAAAAAGGUCUGUGGCCCUUCCCGCACCAACCCUAGCGUUAUGAUCGAUGACCUCCUGACCCCAUGUUCCCCAGGGGACCCAGAGGCCAUGGAGAUGACUUGGAUGGAUGUCCCUGGUGACAAACUCUUAGAGCCUGUGGUUUGCAUGUCGGACAUGCUCCGGUCUCUGGCUACCACUCGGCCCACCGUGAAUGCAGAGGACCUCCUGAAAGUGAAGAAAUUCUCAGAGGACUUUGGACAGGAGAGUUAAAAAUUUCUUCACUCGGUGAUGGUGAAGGUGGGAGGAAUUGAUUGGGGUAAAAAAAAUCCACGGCACCCCCCAUGUCAGCAGCCAGACAGGGCCCCGGGGCUCAUCUUCACGUCACUCUGGCGUCCCCUCUGCUGUCUGGCCACCAGCCGGGGAGUGGGAAGGAAGGGCCUCCGGGGCCGCAGAGACACAGAAGCAUAUUCGGCACUGGGUGGAAUACUGGUUCUUCCUACUUCUUCCUACUGGUUCUCCUCCUCUUCUGGAUGCUCAUCAACUCCUUGUCCUGCCCCUCCACGUUUUGUUUUGUUUUUUGAACCUUUCUUUGUUCCCCUAAAUUAAUGCUGCUUGGAUUUUUGUCUUCUUUAUAAAUAAAGUUAAAAUCUCCCAGAAGUGUCAAGGAGUAGGAGCAGCCCACACUGUGGGGCUGGUGCAGACCGUCAGAAUGGCUUGCCAGCUCCCUCCGCCCUUUCCUUCUAACCCAAGUUUUACUCCUUGUGCACACAAUGGCGAAUGCCCUGGGUCGCCAGCCCAAGCCCUGCCUGUAAAGGUUGAGAGUAAAGCCAAGCCAUUCCCAACCCCUACGUCAGCAUCCCCGGCCCUGUGUCCUCCCUGCAGGAGGAGAGGAUGGUUUUUGUGAGCACAAAGCUAUGUAGAUCAGAAUGAGUGAGGGCAGUCAGGUAGGGUUUCACUGCUGCCUUCUCUUCCCUCUGAAUGUGAGAACGCUGAACCCAGCCACUGCCCCUGGCACCCCGCCCUGGAAAUGGGCUAAUAAAUCCUUUUCCCUCUUGA